AUGGCAGUAUCCACCUCAUCGUCCUCCACGCAGUGGACGCACGAGCCCGUCGACGUAGCCAUCGUAGGCGGGGGCCUCAGUGGCCUUGCGGCUGCUAAAGAUCUCGUCGCUGCCGGCAAGUCAGUCCUUGUCCUCGAAGCCCGUGAUCGAGUCGGCGGAAAAGUCUACGACGUAGAGGUGAAGGACGGGAAUGGCCAUAAAGUCGAAGCUGGAGCUGAGUGCGUCUGCAAAAACCACAAGAGGUUGCUUGCUCUUGCCAGUGAGCUUGGCAUCAAGACGUUCCCGACAUACAUCAAGGGCUAUAUGCUCAUGUGGAUACCUGGUCAGGGUCGUCUACUAUACGAUCCUGUCAAGACACAGGGAAUGCCGUCACUAUCUGAAGAGGACAUAAAAACUAUGACUGACAUCACAGUGCAGGUCAAUGAGAUGGCAAGUGAGAUCGACGUGCAUCAGCCUUGGAUGCACCCAAAAGCUAAGGAAUGGGAUCGUCUCACGCUGUCGUCAUGGCUUGAUGGCUUUGCUCGCGAUGGUGUAGCGAGAGGAGUGAUUGAUAUGACAAACAGAGCUAUCUUGUCGGCAGACGGCGAGGAUGUUUCACUAAACGAAGUUCGAAUGGAGAUGUUGACCAACGUCAAGAAUGGGUUUCUUGAAGAAAGAAUCGAGGGCGGACCACAGAACAUCGCUAUCAAACUAGCUGAGUGCAUUGGUAGUGACACAGUCCGUCUUCGGGCAUCUGUUCGACAGAUCCUCCAGAGCGACGCUGGAUACCUCGUUGUGGGCGAUUCAUUCCGUGUUCAAGCACAAAAAGUCAUCAUCGCCAUCCCCCCCAUCCUCGCAGGUCGUAUCGUCUAUCAACCUCCCCUCCCCGCAGCUCGUGAUCAACUUUGCCAGCGCGUCCCAAUGGGGUCAAUCGGAAAAGUCAUUGCAAUCUACAAGACCCCCUUCUGGCGGGACCAAGACCUCAGCGGUGAAGUCGCAAGUCUCGAGGGUGUAUCCCAGUCUACAUUCGAUAGUUCUCCCCUUGAUGGAAGCUUUGGCGCUAUGCUGGGUUUUAUAGAAGCCAACGAGAUGCGAAGACUCGAUGACGCCUCUGAAGAAGAGAUCUUUGCUGUUGUGAAAGAGGACUUUGCUAGAUACUUUGGUCCCAAGGCGAGGGAGGUCCAGUCCUGGGUUCUUCAGAGGUGGGAUAAUGAGGAGUUUUCGAGAGGCGGUCAUACAGGAUUGUUCCCGCCGAAUGUCUGGACUCAGUUUGGACCUGCGCUGACGAAGCCGGCUAGGGGGAUCUAUUUUGCUGGUACGGAAGCGUCCAGCUAUUAG